AUGGCCACCACUCUCCCCCCAACCCACAAAGCCCUCCUCCUAACCUCAACCACCACACCCCCCACCAUCACAACCCUUCCCACCCCCACCGCCAUCCCAGGAAGCGCCCUAAUCCGCAUCCACGCCGUAAACCUCAUCUCCUNCUCAACCACCACACCCCCCAGCAGCACAACCCUUCCCACCCCCACCGCCAUCCCAGGAAGCGCCCUAAUCCGCAUCCACGCCGUAAACCUCAUCUCCUACAUGCCAGCAAUCUACUCCGGCCGCCGUCCCUACCCACUCUCCCUCCCCCUCAUCAUCGGCACCUCAGCGAUCGGCCGCAUCGCCGCUCUCGGCGCGGACUCCACCUUCCUCCAGCCGGGCCAACUGGUAUUCAUCGACUCCUUCAUCCACUCGCGUGAUAACCCCGAGGACGCGAUGCUGCUAGGUAUUUCCUCAGGGUUCGAUGAUGCGGCGAAGAAAUUGAUGGAUGGGGAGUGGAGGGAUGCGACGUUUGCGGAGUUUGCGAAGGUGCCGUUGGAGAAUGUGCAUGUGCUUGAUGAGGCGCGGUUGCUUGGGUCGAAGGAGGAGGGGGGAUUGGGGUAUAGGGUUGAGGAGUUGAGUUAUAUCUCGCGGCUUGCGGUGGGGUAUGGGGGGUUGAAUAGUAUUUCUGUGAGAGCGGGGGAGACGGUUAUUGUUGCGCCUGCAACGGGACCCUUUGGGAGUGCGUCUGUGAAGGUUGCGCAUGCUCUAGGUGCCAGGGUUCUGGCAAUGGGUCGAAAUAUGAGUGUUUUGGAGAAACUGAAGGAGGAAAAUGAGAGGGUGGAGAUUGUACCUCUGACCAAUGAUCCUGAGGUUGACUUAGCUGCGUUGCAGAAACUCGGGAAGAUAGAUGCGUAUUUUGAUAUUUCGCCACCGGAAGCGGGGGAGAGUACACAUUAUAGAACCUGUAUCUUGGCUUUGAGGCGAGGUGGGAGAGUUAGUCUUAUGGGUGGAUUGGGGCUCAGGUGCCGAUUCCUAUGGGUUUUAUUGUGAGGAAGGAUAUUCGGUUGGUUGGGAAGUGGAUGUAUGAUAGAGGAGAUAUUGAGCAGUUGAUUGGGAUGAUUGAGAUGGGCUUACUGGGGUUACAGGGAGAUGUCAAGACGUUCAAGUUAGAGGAUUGGGAGGAGGCUUUUGAAACUGCAGAGAGAGAAGGAGCCGCUGGGAGGAGUGUAAUUGUUCCGUAA